CUUCUCUCACCCCUAUAAAAUCCCGCCACUAUCAACCUUCCAGUAAUAACCCUAACCAAAAUGGCGCUCAGGUAUUUGGUAUCUCGAAUGGCCGCAAAUGGCUUCAGAACAUCAAAUAAAAGUACAAGAACCUACGCGACGGCGACGACUCCAAGAAUGAAAUCUUACGCGCCGACGGCCGAUUUCUCGCACUUCGAUCACCAGAGCAAGCCAAAGGCAUCAAGAGCCGGCGAUUUUGUUCCGGUAUACGUGGCGAUCGGAAUGAUUGCUCUCUCUGUUGGUCUCGGAUUGCACACGGCGAAACAGCAAUUGGCUUACUCGCCGUCGGUUUCCGUUCGGAAAAAACGGAGAGAGACGAUCCCGGAGGUGGUGGAGCCGGAGCACGUGGCGGAGGAGACAGAGAAGUUCUUCGCUAAAUCUUUCUUUAGAAAAGUGGCUCACGUUCAGGAGGUGGAGAAAUUUGGGGAUUACAAAGUUCCUUAUGAUCCUCUGCUCGGCGAUGCAUAUGCUCAUCCUCACCGUACUGAGUCGCUGAAGUCCGUGGGAAUCGAUCCGGCUAGGAACUGACUUGAGUUUCGGUAAUUGGGGGAUUUUUGGACGGAGGAAUGUGUGUAAAUAAGAAAUAUAAUAAUGAAGGUAUCACUGUGAGAAUGUAAUAUAUGUUUGAAACUUUCCCGUUAAGUUAUGGAACUUUGAUCAAUGGUUCAGGAAUCAA